CACAUCACUUCCAACAACAUCCUAGUCUCAUCUAUGAGGAGUUGACCAGUCAUGAACGAGUCCUUGAAUGAGAGCCAAUAUGACUAUGACUAUGACGGUGACGAUAACUUCUGUAAAAAGGACGAUCUGGUCACAUUUGGAUCCUACGUUGUCCCUGUUUUCUUCUCUGUGGUGAUCACACUGAGCCUCACAGGAAACAUUCUUGUCCUUGUGAUCCUGGCUCUGUACGAGAACCUCAAGUCCCUCACCAACAUCUUCAUCCUCAACCUGGCCAUCUCUGACCUCAUCUUCACCACCGGCCUCCCCUUCUGGGCCAUCUACCACAUCUGGGGGUGGAUAUUUUCAAAUAUGCUCUGCAAAAUCGUGACUUUUGUCUUCUUCAUUGGGUUCUACAGCAGCAUCCUCUUCCUGACCAUCAUGACCAUCUACAGGUACCUGGCAGUGGUCCACCCUCUCUCCAACCUGAGGAUCCAAAAACUCAGCACUGGUAUUUUACUUACCCUGCUAAUGUGGAUGAUAAGUAUUGCAGCAGCCAUGCCCUCCCUGCUCUACAGCUCCGUCAUCUUGAUCCCCCAGGAGGAUACACACUCCUUGGGCUGUGAAUACGAAUCCACCCUGUGGAUAAGCAUCGCUGUCUCCCAGCAGAAUAUUUUCUUCUUGGUUGCUUUUGUGGUGAUUGGUUUCUGCUACAUCCGGAUACUCGGAAAAAUCUCACAAACGAGAUCCCACACGAAGAAUCGAGCAGUGAAGCUGGUCCUCUGCAUCGUGGCGGUAUUCUUCAUCGGCUGGGUGCCGUACAACGUGGUGAUAUUUCUGAGGACUCUGGGUGACAACUUGGUCCCACCGUUUUACCACUGUAAAGUCAGCAUCCAGCUCGAUUAUGCAUUCCAUGUGUGUCGGCUCAUUGCUUUCUCACACUGCUGCCUCAACCCUGUCUUUUAUGCGUUUGUCGGUGUGAAGUUCAGGAGCCAUCUGAAGUCAAUGAUGCAGCAAAUGUUCAGUCGGAAAAGUCCAGUCGAGGAGCCGCAGAUCAGAAUGCAAAACCUCAUCUCACACGGAUCACUGUACUAG